AUGGUAUCACAUUGGCCGCCAAAGAAUGUAUCUCCACAGUCAUCACUCGACCUGUCAUAUCACAACACCUACCCUCCUAAAGAACGACAUUGCCUCAGGAGGUAUACUAUAAUGUUGUUGUACAGUUUAUGAAAUGUACAUACAAGUAUAGUUUUGUUGUUAUACACACAAUAUAGCCCAUAUUUUUUGUAAAAAAUUGUUAACCACGAAAUUUUGUGUUUUUAAAACUUAAUUUCAGGUUAUUUAUUCGAAUAGGGGUCGGUAUGGCGUUUGUAGCCACGUUUCUAUUAGUUCUGUUCACCAUGAUAGGUAUGUCCAUGUUCUCGGACUCACAUCCUAUACCUAAAACUAUAGUAAGUUGCGUUAUCAGUGGUAUAUCGUAUUGGUAAACCAGUAUGUGACUAGGUGAAUCUAGAAAAUGAUUUUUUUAGAAAAUCGUUUUUUAUUCUUAUCCCCCCUUAUACCCCAAUACAUAUAUCAACCCUACUACCAUCGCCUAUUCUUGAUCUUUAAUAGCUUCAUACCUCUGUUCUUAUUACCUACUAUCAUAAAUUUGUUUUUAUACAGCUGCUAUUAUAACUUUUUGUUUAUCACCUAUUAUCAUAUCUUUCACUUCCAGUGGCCAGACAACGCAAAACAUAGGUAUGAUUGGCCAUUACCUGCCAAUUCUUUAUUAGGAAAGUUUGAAAAAGCGGCCGUAACUUGUGAUCAUGGCUUUUGUAACGAAAUCGGACGUGAUAUAUUGAUAAAGGGUGGCAAUGCUAUUGAUUCUUCGAUAGCUUCCAUGUUCUGUCUUGGUAUUACGAAUCCACAAAGCUCCGGACUUGGAGGCGGCUUCAUCAUGACCUUUUACAAUAGGUAGGUUGGGUAUACUUAUACCCGCAAAAAAGUGUAAAAAGAGCGGUUAAUUUAUCUGUUUAGACCCUUUUAAAAACCAGAAACAUAGUUUAGGAUCAGUAAUUCAAAAAGUCAUCAAGAAUAUUAAUUUCAGAACCCUUGGCCGUUGCUUGGCUUUAGACGCUCGUGAAACAGCCCCAGGCAAAGCGACUGAAGACAUGUUUGUGAAGAACUCUAACAACUCAAAGUACGGAUGGGAAGCCAUCGCUACGCCUGGAGAACUAUACGGCUACAGGUUCGCUUGGGAAAACUGGGGCAGUGGCCAAAUUUCAUGGAGGGAACUGAUCCAGCCAUCUAUUGAUUUGGCCAGAAAUGGUGUUCCAGUCUCGGAGUACCUAUCGUAUGUACUGGAAAAGAAAGAAUGGCACUUUAAUUUGACUACACCUAACAUGGAGUAAGUUUUACAAUUGCUAAUACAGUACUUGUGACCAUUUUAGUGACUGGAUCAACCCUGAGACUGGCCGCGUAUGGAAGUUCGGAGAUGUACUGAAAAGAACAAAGUUAGCUGACACAUUGGAAAAGAUUGCAGCUUCAGAAGACCCAAUUAAGUUGUUCUAUGAAGGUGUCAUGGCAGAUGCUAUUGUAAGAGAAGUCCAAGAAGCCGGUAAGAUUUUAUAACAAGCUGAAUAACAAUAUUUAGUAACCUUAGAGAGCAAAAAACGUAUGGCUAUGAAUACUCUGCUGUAAACCCUUAAAAAUAAAGUUAUAUACCAUUACCUAAAACCUUAUUCCAGGCGGUAUCCUGACCAAAGAAGACCUCAAAAACUAUCGUCCAAAACUGUACGAAACCCCCCUAAUCAGAUCUAAAUUCUACGAAAACUUGACCAUGUGUGGACCUCCACCACCGUCCUCAUUUGCCAUUACCCAAAACAUCAUAUCGGUCAUGACUUCCAAGUUCUACAACUAUUCCGGUGACGGCCGACCAGUCGACGGACAUUUAUCCGAUACCUACUUCUACCACGCCUUAAUUGAAGCCGAGAAGUUUGCCUACGCGAAAAGAACAUUGAUGGGAGAUGUGGACUUUGAAGAGGGAUCCAAGAAGUUGGCUGAGAACAUGACGACAGCUGAGUAUAAUAGGUGGAUCGCUGAUAUCCUACCUUAUGCAGCUCAAAACACCUCGUUUUAUGGUCAGAAUGACACGGCACAGGUGAGUAAAGUAGAUUGACAGAUGAAUCCUGUUAAAAGAAUUAGUAAAGGACUUACUUUUGGUGUUGACUAUAACGGGUAUUUCAUUUUUACUGCGUUUUUAAAUGGAAAUAGAGUUAGCAAGACAAAAACCUUGGGGUCUAUGACAAGAUGUUUCCCAUAAUAAGCUUGCUCUAGUUUCAUAGUAAUCGCAUAUUUUAGAAAGAAGACCACGGCACGUCGCACGUUAGUGUAUUGGAUCAGUACGGUAACGGUGUAGCUGCAACAUCAACCGUGAACAGAUGGUUCGGAGCUGGGAUUCAAUCUCCAUCGCUUGGAAUCGUUUGGAACGAUGAGAUGGACGACUUCAGCACGCCUGGACAGGACAAUGGCUUUGGGUAAGAAGUCGUACUUUAAUUUUCCAUAUGCCAAUUUGACUUGUUUUCAGUAAUUUUCUGCCUUCUAAAGCUAAAAGUAACCUAAAAACCAAGAAAUGUCAUACCUUCAUUAUAGAUUCGCACCAUCGCCGGAAAACUUUAUUAAACCAGGCAAACGUCCAAUGUCCUCAAUGUCACCCAUGGUCAUAUACGAUGAAGAGACCUUGGAUGUAAAAAUGGUCAUCGGAGCUUCCGGUGGUUCUAAAAUCAUAUCUGCUGUCGCUAAACCAGUAAUCCGGGUUUUGUGCUUCAACGAAACCAUCAAAGAAGCUAUUGACGCUCCAACGCUGCACAAUCAGUACACUCCCGACAUCACACAGUACGAAGAAACUGUACCCAAAGUAAGUUUAACAACUAUAAAAUGAAAAUUUAAAGCAUAACAUAACAAUUUUAAAGUAUAACAUCUAUGGUAUUACCUUAAAAAUGAUGUUAAUCAAAUGCUAUACUCUACUUAUUUUACAAAACCAGACCUUAUUAUUUGGACUGAAAAACGUAUUUUAGGAGCUGAUCCAAGAUCUCGAACAAAAAUUUGGCCAAAAGUUCAAACCUACCGUAGGCUUCGAAGGCAUCGCACAAGGUAUUGUGAUUGGGAAUGACGGUAAACUCUACGCCAACGGAGAUUAUCGCCGAAAAACACAACAACACCCUGAGGGCUUUUAA